AUGUCACUGACUCUUCUGUCCCGCCGGUCUGUGGCGCCGCUCGUCGCGCCGCGCUUGGCUGCGGCAGCACGCCGAAGUUACCAUGAAGUCGUCCAUGACCACUUCAACAACCCGCGCAACGUGGGCAGUUUGGACAAGGAGGACAAGACCGUGGGAUCUGCUCUCGUGGGAAAGGCGUCCUGCGGAGAUGUGAUCAAGCUUCAGGUGAAAGUGGGCAAGGAUGGCGUCAUCGAGGAUGCGAAGUUCAAGACCUUCGGCUGUGGUUCGGCCAUAGCCAGCUCUUCUUAUGCGACGGAGAUGAUCAUUGGGCAGAACAUCAAUGAGGCGUCGAAGAUCACGAACGCUGAUAUCUCCUCCCACUUGAAGCUGCCACCGGUCAAGAUCCACUGCUCUGUGCUGGCGGAGGAGGCGAUCCAGGCAGCCAUUGCAGACUACAAGACCAAGCAAGCCCCUGCAGAGUGA